AUGUACGCGCCGAUUAAGGUGUACGUUAUCUGGUACGGCAAGUUCACGGCGACGCAGAAGGAGCUAGUGCGCGCAUUCACGCGCUCGCUCAACCCCAGCUCGGAUACCUCUAUAACGGUACCCCUAUGGUGGAACAUUAACCAGCUGUACUACGACCGUAACGGGCGUUUCAUCUCCAGCUCCGUUACAUUUGCAGAUGAAACGUCCGACACCGGGUAUUCCCGAGGCUCGAGCCUCAGCGACAGCGAGAUCGACUCGCUCGUCUCGUCCGCCAUAAGCAGCCAAAAGCUGCCGUACGAUCCAAACGGCGUGUACUUCGUUCUCUCGGAUGAAACGGUCAGCCAGUCCUCUCAAGGUUCCUCCUUCUGCACGCACUACUGCGGCUGGCACACCUACACAGACGUCCCGGGCAAGGGCCGCGUGGUCAGCGGCUGGGUGGGCAACGCCAAGACCCAGUGCCCUAGGAGCUGCAUCGCGGGCCUCAUUGCAAGCUCGUCCUCCUCACCCAACCGCGACAAGGGCAUGGAUGGGCUGCUGUCUGUGUACGCACACGAGGUGGCAGAGGCGACUAGCAGCCCGUACCUGCAAACAUGGAUGGAUGACAAAGGGGACGAGAACGCAGACAAAUGCGGAUGGAAGUUCGGCACCGUAAACCAUGACUCCUCGAAUGCUCCGUACAACCUAGGAGCUUACCGUCAUUUCCGUCGCCGAAUCAUCACCGCGAGCGCCCGGCGUUACGCGGGAACCCCCCAUCAGAUACACCUACGCCAGAAGAGCCGGACUUUUACAAUGGCCUUCUGUGCCGCGUCGCCCGCGCAUUGUGGCGUGAUGCACGCGCCUGUGGGGGUGUACCUGCUGUGGUAUGGAGCCAAGUUCAGCGAGGAGCAGAAAGACAUCGUGCGCUUGUUUGUCGCUUCCCUCGCUGCAGAAGAAAUUGAUCCAGACGCCACAGUGCCAGCAUGGUGGGCCAUCAACACGCUCUACUUCGACAAGCAGGGCCGAAACAUCUCCUCCAAUGUGACUAUAAAGGGCGAAACUCACGACACCAAAUACACCCGGGGCACCAUGCUGCUGCGCUCUGACGUGGCGGGGCUCGUCCAAUCAGCCGUCAGGAGCGGGUCACUGCCGUACGACCCGGACGGCGUGUAUUUCGUCCUUUCCGAUGAAGACGUUUCGCAGAUGGACGAUCCGAGCGGGACGGGGGGUACGCAGUAUGCUCUGGCGUUCUGCUCACACUACUGCGGAUGGCACUCGUUCACUCAAGGGACUGACGGGCGACCCCUCAUCAUCUCGUUUGUGGGGAACGCAGUCAACCAGUGCCCGGAGGGCUGCAUCCCUCCAUACCUGAACCAGCCGGGGGCGGUGGCGCCGAACGGGGACGCGGGGAUGGACGGGAUGGUGUCGGUGUUGGCGCAUGAACUCGCAGAGGCCACCAGCAGCCCCUUCCUCGCCACGUGGUUCGACGACCAGGGCGAGGAGAACGCCGACAUCUGCGCCUCAAAUUACGGUGAUGUGAUAUCAGAUGCAGCCAGUGGUGUGCAAUACAACGUGGUGGGUCAGAAUGGGGCACGAUUCCUAGUGCAAGCAAAUUUAGACCCACGAGCAGGGAGUUGUGUGAUUUCACCAGUUGCCGUCAACUCUCCCAGCGUGGAUAAUCCCACCAUUGGGGAACCCCCUCCAAGCGUGGAUGUGCCGGUUGAGGAGCCACCUCCACCAUCACCAUCAUUCCUGGAUAAACUAAUUGAGUUUAUCACUCACUUUUUUGGCUUUUGA